AGGCGCCGCGGGGUGAAGGAGGCGGGACGUCGACCGGAUGGGGGCCUCUCGCCAUUGCGCAGCGGCAGGGGAAAGGCGUUAACUGCCGCCGAGGCCGCGUCGUUGCCCCGCCACCAUGAGGAGGUCCUUGCCCCAACUACUGCUGCUCGUGCUGCUGGCUUUCCCGGCCGCCUUGCUCCUUGGCGGCGCUGGAAGCGGCCCAGGCUCUGGCUUGCUUGUGGCUGCUCAAGAUGCUACAGAAGAUGAGGAAGCAAUGGAAGAUACUGUAGUUGAAGAUGAAGAUGAUGAAGCUGAAGUUGAAGAAGAUGAACCCACAGAAUUGACAGAAGAGAAAGAAGAAGAAGACCUAUCUGGAGAACCUAAAGCCUCACCGAGUGCAGAUACAACAAUCUUGUUUGUGAAAGGAGAAGAUUUUCCAGCAAACAACAUUGUGAAGUUUUUAGUAGGCUUUACUAACAAGGGUACCGAAGAUUUCAUUAUAGAGUCUCUAGAUGCUUCAUUCCGGUAUCCUCAAGAUUACCAGUUCUUCAUUCAGAAUUUCACAGCUCUUCCUCUGAAUACAGUUGUUCCACCACAGAGGCAAGCUACAUUUGAAUACUCCUUCAUUCCUGCGGAACCUAUGGGUGGCCGGCCAUUUGGACUCGUUAUCAAUCUGAAUUACAAAGAUCAAAGUGGGAACUUCUUCCAAGAUGCUGUCUUCAAUCAAACUGUUACAAUUAUUGAAAAAGAAGAUGGAUUAGAUGGUGAAACCAUCUUUAUGUAUGUGUUCCUUGCUGGCCUUGGUCUACUUGUCAUUGUUGGUCUGCACCAGCUGUUAGAAUCUAGGAAGAGAAAAAGACCAGCUCAGAAAGUAGAGAUGGGAACAUCCAAUCAGAACGAUGUUGACAUGAGUUGGAUUCCUCAAGAAACUUUAAAUCAAAUAAACAAAGCUUCACCAAGACGGUUACCACGCAAAAGAACACAGAAGAGAUCAGUGGGAUCUGACGAGUAAACAUUGUUAGUACAGUCAGCCUUUACUAACCCAGCCAUCCAACCCCUCCCUCUUGUUUUUGCUUGAAAUGGGAGUUGUGCUGAGAAGCCAUAUUGACUGAGGAGAAUACUAUGAAACAUUUGGACUAAGCAUUUAGUUGUGUUCAGAGAACAUUGCUAAACAUGCACUUCUCGUUCCUUUUAAAGAAAUUCUUGAUUAAGAAUCAUUGUGCUAUCUGAAAUGUGCCUUUAGAGUCUCUUCAUAACGCUAAUUUGUCACCUGCACACCUGAGUUUCCAACUUCAAUUGUGUCAUUUCUUACCCUGUUCUGAUUGUAUCCUGUCAUGUAAGGUCCUUAUCCAUUUUCUUAUUUGUUUCCCAGUGUCAUUGAUUUCAUUCUUUGCUACAUGUAUGCAGCUACUUUUAGUACGCAUGUUAAAUCUCUCAUAAAGCACUGAGUUGAAUUUUUGUGUGUAGCUUGUAUUCUAAAGGCACAAGCAGGUGUAACUGCUUUUAGCAGUAUUUUUAAAAUGGCUGCUGCUGUUUGACAUAAAGCGCACACAGUUUGAAAUCCCAAAUAUUUCUUGCAUAUGUGUCAAAUAAGGGAUUUCUAUAGCAGCUACAUGUGUGAAAAAUGGGAUUGUGUGCUUAAUUUUGCAUUUACCACCCUCCUUUUUGAUUACAGUAUGGUUACAUCUGUAAUAAACUGCUGGUAUUAGUCAGCAAAUCUCAUGAUUGUACCCAUGUGAAUACAUUUUGAAUGCUAGCUCAAAUAUUUACAAAUUGGGCUUCAAAAAUAAAAUCUUACAGAUUCUCCCACCAAUUGGAAACCCAAUCAUGGAUAGAAAAUGCAUUGAAUUUCUUGGCUAAAGCUGGAUACAAGGUUUGACUUUUAUGAAGGUGUCUGGGUAGCAACAUAAAAAAAUCAACAGGUUGUGUUCUUUUGUUCCCAUAUUUGAUUGUAUACAAAAUGUGUUCUAAAAUUACAGUAAAAACAUAAAUUUAAGUUUUA